CUUUACGAAGCAAUGGCGCAGAGAAAGAAUCCCAGAAACCACUCAAAAAAAGUGUGGUGCUUCCACCCAUGGAGCGAUACCGCCACUACGGCACCUCCUACACCUCCUCUCCUGGUGCAGCUCAUGUAGAGGAGAUCCACGCCGAGGAGGAGGAGGAGGUGGAGGAGGUGAUGUACACUGAAGAGGAGGUGGAGCCGCUGUUAGAGGAUGAAACGCAGCCUCUGCUGCAGGAGACAGGAGGCGUGAAGCGGGAGGAGGAAGUGACACGUGCACAGAAGGAAGUGCAGCCUGUUGUCCAGGAGACAGAGGGGAAGACGGUGCCGGUGGAGAGCAAAAAUGGAAAGAGGACAGAGGGAGGAGGCGGAGGAGAUGCAGGUGGAGGCCCAAAGUACUCCGUGUUCACCUGGUUUGUGGUCCUGGGUCUGCUGGGAGUCUGGAGCUCUGUGGCCGUGGUCUACUUCGACAUCGUGGACUACGACACCGUGAUCGCCAGAGCUAAGGAGUUUCGUAUGAACUUUUCUGAAGUUUUACAAGGUAAACUGACGGCCUACGACACAGAUGGAGACGGAGACUUUGACGUGGAGGACGCCAAAGUUCUGCUUGGACUGAAAGAAGCAAAGAGGCUGCAUGUAGGAGACAAACCUGAGAAGCAAACAGUGUUAAAAACUGAAGAAACCAUCACGCCUGAAACAGCCAAUCAGCAAGCUGCAGAGCCGCGAGACGUCGAGCCGACAGAGGCCGCGCCAUCCGUGACUCCGCCCAGACAGAGCGAAUCAGCUGCUGUGCCCCUCCCUCCGCCAGCAGAGGACAGCUUUGUACCAGAUGAUCCUCGGGAAAGCAUCGGUCCUUACGGAGAUGAAGCCAACACGAUUGACACCACUGGAGUUCUGCUGGCCGAGCGUCAGACUGAGGAGAGCUCCGUGGAGUUUGCAGAAUACGUGACGAGCUCCAAGCUGACACAGGAAGCAGAGCCGGUCAUAGAAGCAGAGAAGCAGCCUGAAGCAGCAGCAGACGUGGAUCCACAGAGUGAGACGCCCAAACAGACGGAGGCCGAGGGAACCUCAGAGAAACAGGCCGAGGACAAGCUGACAGAAAAAGCAAAGAAGAAGAAACCAAAAUUACUGAACAAGUUGGAUAAAACCAUCAAAGCAGAGAUCGAUGCUGCAGAGAAGCUUCGCAGGAAGGGGAAGCCGGACGAGGCGCUGAAAGCGUUUGAGAGGCUGGUGCAGCAGUACCCGCAGAGCCCCCGCGCUCGCUACGGGAAAGCCCAGGCAGAGGACGACAUGGCCGAGAAGCUGCGCAGCAACGACAUGCUUCAGAGGGCCAUCAACACCUACAGGGAGGCCUCCGAGCUCCCUGACGUGACCUCUGACCUCCUGAGAGCCACGCUGAAGAGACGAGCUGAGAGGCAGCAGUUCCUGGGUCGGAUGCGAGGAUCUCUGGCGACCUUGGAAAGGCUGGUUCAGCUCUUUCCUGAAGACAUCGGCCUGAAGAACGACCUGGGCGUCGCUCACCUGUUGCUAGGUGACAACAAUGGGGCCAAGAAGAUCUACGAAGAGGUUCUGGGAGUCGCGCCUGACAACGGCUUCGCUAAAGUUCACUACGGAUUCAUCCUGAAGUCAGAAAAUAAGAUUGCAGAGAGCAUACCGUACCUUAAAGAGGGCUUGGAGUCAGGUGAGCCGGGAACCGACGACGGGCGCUUUUAUUUCCACCUCGGAGACGCUCUGCAGAGGGUCGGGGACAACAGCGCGUACGACUGGUACGAGCUGGGUCACAAACGGGGCCACUUUGCGUCGCUGUGGCAGCGAUCGCUCUACAACGUGAACGGCCUGAAGGCGCAGCCCUGGUGGACGGCCAAAGAGACCGGAUACACGGACCUGGUGAAGGUGUUGGAGAGGAACUGGAAGACCAUCAGGGAGGAGGCUCUGGCUGUGUUGGACCAAAGCACCAGACACUUUGUACCCGAGGAGGAAAACCUGAGGGAGAAAGGAGACUGGGGCCAGUACACGCUCUGGCAACAAGGGAGAAAAGUUGGAAACGCCUGUCAGGGUGUCCCGAAAACCUGCGCACUGCUGGAGAGGUUCCCUGAAGCGACGGGCUGCAAGCGAGGACAGAUUAAGUUCUCGGUGAUGCAGCCCGGCACUCAUGUGUGGCCGCACACCGGGCCGACCAACUGCCGGCUGAGGAUGCACCUCGGCCUCGUCAUCCCCAAACGUGGCUGCAAGAUCCGCUGCACCAACGAGACGCGGGAGUGGGAGGAAGGUAAAGUCCUCAUCUUCGACGACUCCUUCGAGCACGAGGUUUGGCAGGAAGCCGACAGUUACCGCCUCAUCUUCAUCGUGGACGUGUGGCACCCGGAGCUAACGCAGCACCAGCGCCAGACUCUGAGCCCGAUUUAGAUCGGCCAGAACCGGCAGGCGGUGGCGGGAGGGCGAAUCGCAGGAGAGGAUGGAGGCGGGGUUUCUUCUUCUUCUGUGGUUCAAACAGCUGCAAACACUGACAGUCUGUGUGAGCCGGGCUGAGGUGUCUGUUUGCUCGCGUGUGGAUAAACUACUAAAGACGGUCGAAGGACCAAACAUCAGCCUGAAGGAUGGACGCGUCGUUGUUCGGGGUCAUACUACUGACUGCCAUCAAACUGAACUCAUACGGUACUCGAUUAAACCGGAGCGGACCGGAUCGCCGCGGCAUUACAGAUCGUUCUGCUCUGAAGAAAGACACGAAACUAAAAGAGUGUGUGUGUGUGUGUGUGUGUGUGUGUGCUCAACGUAAAACACUAAAACGUCCGUCGAGUGGAUUCAAAGCAGCUCAGUAACAGCGUGAAACAAGAAGCCUUAACUUUAGCUCGACCACGAUGCAUUUUAUUUUCCAUCCAGGCGGGUUUUUAAUUUCACUCUUUCAUCACUUUUGCACAAUAACACGGUCACGCGGGGUGUCACAGAAGAGGAUUUAUAUUUGUAUUAAAAAUAAAAACAAUAAAAACAUGAA